CAAUUAUUCAUUGUGCUCAGGUGUAAAGAAGACCAUUCCGCUGCCGUAGCCGUUUUCUGACUCCUUGACAACCAACAAUCACUAUCCUCCGUCUGUCUGCUGAAGGAUACACUUGCUCGUUAAACAAACGACACCUGGACUGAGGUGUCGCUUCUGUUGAACCCCAAAAUUCACCCUGUGGAUGGUUGACAACAUUUCUUCUUGAGUCUUUCGCAGUUCAUAUUCACCCAAAAUAUGUGUAUCGCAAUGAUGAGACUGAACUGUUCCCCCGUAUGGAGUGUGGUUAGCCUGUUGACUUUGUUGCUAUUACCACUUUGGGAGAUGGGCUGCUCUGGCCUGAGCUUUAACUCAGUGCCCCUGCCGCCAGUCGGGACGUACCAAAGAAGCUGCGAAGGGGGGGCACACCACAGGCAGAGGCGCAGUUGGGUGUGGAACCAGUUCUUCGUGCUGGAGGAGUACACAGGGGACGAGCCACUCUACGUGGGCAAGCUGCACUCAGACGUGGACAAGGGUGAAGGGCAGGUGAAGUACGUGCUCAAUGGCCAGGGAGCUACCUCCAUCUUCACCAUUGACGAGAACACUGGUGAUAUCCAUGCCACCAAGCGUCUGGAUCGCGAGGAGCAGGCUUACUACACACUCCGGGCUCAGGCCAGGAAUCGCGAAAACAACCUACCCGUGGAGCCCGAGUCCGAGUUUGUCAUCAAGGUCCAGGAUAUCAAUGACAAUGAGCCCAAGUUCCUGGACGGGCCCUACUCAGCCAGGGUCCCCGAGAUGUCCCCAGUGGGCACAUCUGUGGUGACGGUGGUGGCAACAGAUGCGGAUGACCCCACAUAUGGAAACAGUGCCAGGGUGAUCUACAGUAUCCUCGAGGGCCAGCCCUACUUCUCUGUGGAACCAAAGACAGGCGUGGUCAAGACAGCUCUGCCCAAUAUGGACCGUGAGGCACGGGACCAGUAUCUGUUGGUCAUCCAGGCCAAGGACAUGGUGGGCCAGAUGGGAGGACUCUCUGGGACCACCUCCGUCAUGGUGACUCUCACUGACGUCAACGACAACCCACCACACUUCUCUCGCAAAAGUUAUCAAUUCAGCAUGUCUGAGUCCCUGCCGGUGGCCUCAGUGGUAGCCAAGAUCAAGACGCUAGACUCGGAUGUGGGGCCCAAUGCUGAGAUGGAGUACAGAAUUGUGGAUGGGGACGGCCUCGGGUUGUUCCGAAUCACCCCCGACCGAGACACACAGGAAGGCCUCGUCACUCUGCAAAAGGGCCUGGACUUUGAGACCAAGUCGAGCUACACCCUGCGUGUCGAGGUGUCCAAUAGAAACAUCGACCUGCGAUUCCUUUCCCUUGGCCCAUUUAGCGACACAGCUACAGUGCGCCUCAUCGUGGAGAAUGUGGACGAGCCGCCUGUUUUCUCCUUGCCGCUCAGCAAAAUGUUAAUAUCGGAGGCAGCAAAGGUGGGCACCACCAUCGGGACGGUCUCCGCACAUGACCCUGACUCCACCAACAGUCCCAUCAGGUACUCAAUAGAUCGCAACACCGACUUGGAGCGCUUCUUCAACAUAGACGCCACCACCGGUGUCAUCAGCACUGCCAAACCGCUGGACAGAGAAGUCAACGCCAUACAUAACAUCACCAUCUUCGCCAUGGAGAGCUUGGACCCAUUACAAGUGGGAAAGGGCAUAAUUCUGAUCACUGUGACGGACAUCAAUGACAACGCACCCGUCUUCGCCAUCGAGUACGAGACCUACCUUUGUGAGAGUGCCAGACCUGGACAGGUCAUUGAGACCAUCAGCGCAAUGGACAGAGACGAACCUCAGAGUGGACACCGCUUCUUCUUCUCCCUGACUGCAGAGGCUGCUGGGAACCUCAACUUCACCCUGAGAGACAACAAAGACAACACCGCUUCUGUGCUGACCAUGCGAGGGGGUUUCCAGCGUCACGACCAGACUAUGUACCGCCUCCCCGUCCUCAUCAUGGAUGGCGGGAGCCCUGCCCUCAGCAGCACCAACACCCUGUCCAUCCGGGUGUGCGACUGUGACCCAGAUGGAGCUCCCCAGUCAUGUGGGAGUGAAGCCUCCAUGCUCUCAGCAGGCCUCAGCACUGGGUCCCUUAUCGCCAUCCUGGCUUGCAUCCUCACACUUCUAGUGCUAGUCCUGUUGAUCGUCACCAUGCGACGGAGGAAGAAGGAGCCCCUGAUCCUGGACGAGGAGCGUGACGUGCGCGAGAACAUUGUGCGCUACGAUGACGAGGGCGGCGGCGAGGAGGACACAGAGGCCUUCGACAUGGUCACGCUCCGCAACCUGAAAGUGGUCCGUGAGAGCGGUGGCAAGACCCGCCGUGAUGUCACCCCGGAAGUGCCCACCCUCUUCUUGUCUUCCCGGCCACCGCCAGACAAUGGCAUCUUCCGCGACUUUAUCUGGGACCGGCUGAAGGAGACCGACGUGGACCCAUCGGCACCGCCCUACGACUCGCUGCAGACAUAUGCCUUCGAGGGCAGUGGCUCAGCCGCAGAGUCCCUCAGCUCGAUGGAUUCCCUGAGCACGGACUCGGAGCAGAACUACGACUACCUCAGCGACUGGGGGCCGCGAUUCAAGAAGCUGGCAGACCUCUACGGCCACAGCGAUGACGGUAACCUCUUCGCCUCUUAGCCCUCGGUUGAGCCUGCCAAACUGUUGGCACGGACAAUCUAACAAAUGAGGGAAGGAAACUGAAGAAUAUAAAGAAGGAUACAAGAAAGCAAAUGUGAGAUGACGAGAAGAAAAUGCUCUACUCAGAGGAUAUUUGAUUGGUGUAUAUAAAUGCAUCAAUGUCGGUGAGAAUAACCAAUAGGAUGUUGGUUUUCCAUUCAAAAUGUUUUUUGGGGGACUGGCAGGAUUUUUCAAAGAAUGAACUUUGCGAGAUUUUGUUAACUAGAUUUAAUAUGAUGGAAAUUAUGCAAAGCUUAAGACGUUGGGAUGGGCUUCAGACCCUUUGGAAGGACCUCAACGCACAAAUGUCCAGACUUUCUCAAGUCACGUGACGUUCAAAUGUGACGAAAACUGAACCAAUAUCUAUGCUCCAGUGUUGUUACAACAGUGACAUUAUCAAGUACUCCAUCAUGUCGUGGUCAAAUGAAAACAUUGCCUCCUUGAACUGGCCCUGUAGUCUGUCACAGGGUUCACUGUGAUCUGCAAUAUUUGUUUCAAAUGUAUAUUUAUAGAACAGAUUCUCAAUUUCUUUACAAAACAAGAUAACUCCAUAUGGAGUUUACAGCAGUUUUUUUAACAAACGAUGGAUUUGAUCAAUUCAAGCUUACCGUGGUUCGUGUUCAGUAGGGAUCACCGUAGAAAAAUAUUUUGAAGCAGAAAAUAGAAAUGAGUGUUUCUUAUUGGACCAGUAGUCUCUGCCCCCUUUCUUAAAUUUGGUGCCUAACGAACAUGGCAAUGAUCUCUCAACCAUUUAGAGUAUCAGAAAUAAUACAUUCCUAUAAAUGUAUGUAGACACCUGCCAGGGAUGUCCCUUGUCACACUCAAGUUUUUAAUUAACAUGCUUUAAGGGUCACAAUGCUGCUGAAGGGUUUAUGAAGUCUCCCUCCAUUGAUGCAAGGGAGCAAACACCUCUCACUUACGUUGCUCCAUUAACAACUUGACACACAGCAUGAUGCUGGUUUCUAAGAGUUGCAGCGUAACAUUGUUCCCCUAGGUCUAAAUUGAAUGCAGCGUAUUGGUAUCUCCAACAUUCAAAGCUGUUGUGAUGUUUGUUUUAUGUAUCCUAUGAGGUGUUCUAGCUACCAUGUUGGUUUAAACUGUGUUUGUUUUUUUAAAUGGAAACAUAGCUAUAGCAGCAUGGUAAAAUACAGUUAAUGUGUUGAAGAACAUUUACAGCAGCUGGAAAAGUUUUUGAUUGAGAGCUCUUUAGGUUUAGGUUUAUUUGAACAUCUUGGUAUAAAUGCAGCAACGUAUUGACAUUGCAUUGUAUAUAUAACAUAAAACACAUGUAAAAGAUACAUUUAAAAAAAAAAAUA